AUGAAGCGUACAUUCCUUCUCACACUACUCAUAAUUACCGCGAGCUGUCAAGACAGCGACACAGACUACAAGGACAUAGAACCAGAGAGAACUCUACGAGAGACAACCGAAGCCAUCACAGAUACACCCAGCGAUGAAAUUGAUAAUGAAGAAAAAAUAGAAAUAAAAGAUUUCGGUGAUAAUGAGACAACCGUACAAGAUGUUGUAACAGAAGCAUUCACAAUGUCAUUAGACAAUAAUGUUUAUGAAAUAAGAGAGGAUAUUUAUUCUAAUACACACAAUGUACAGUUGGAUGCCCCAGAAAUAACGACGCGAGCCCCUGACACAAUAGACGGCGUUGUUUCAAAUCUUUCUGAACUAGAUGAUGAAAUGGUGUCUGGACAGCGAAGCCCUAAGACCGAAAACUCUGACUCCAACCCCCCGGACCUCCGAACCUUCGAGAAGCCCAAACCUGUCCAAGCCUUAAGCAAAGCUGCGACCCUGCGGUCGUGGCUCGAAGACUCCUGGCUCCGACCGCCCGCAGGUGUCCUGGUACCUUUAAGACCGGCUGCACUGUCACGUGCCCUGGCUGUAUGGAACGAUCUGACAGCUGACGGCCUCAAUCUGACAGACAUUGUCAUAGUCGGAUAUGACGAAAACGGUGUCAACUGGCGUUCCAGACAUAACCUACAGCCAUCAGUCACCACUUCAGGAGUCAAAACCGUCAGUAACGCGUUAUCUAAACUCCUGCGCAAGUAUCAAGGUGUGUACACAGACUCAACCAUUGAUGGCACAAUGAGAGCAUUGGCUUCAGCUACCAAACUUGUGCCCUAUGAUAGCGCAUUAUUUCUGGUCACGGACAAGGCACCAGGGGACCCGCAACGACUUCCCUUAGCUCUGAGGGCUUUAGUCGAAAAGAGGCUUAAGGUGUACACUAUAUGGACGGAUCCAAACUAUCCAACACCAGAGUCAGAGGCCGCACUGCAAGAUCUGAAGAACAUAUCUUCACAUACAGAAGGGGAAGUUCUGCCAUAUUCAUUGCCUAUCACCGACAUAGACACAUCACUUCUGGCCGAGCUCCAACAGUGGAAUCCACUAGAAGAUCAGCCUAGAAGGGGUAGAGUCAAGAAAUACCCUAGCUAUGACGAUUUCGAUACUCUCGUGAUGAGGAAAGGAGGGGGCGAAUCUAUAUCUUUAGGGAUACCAGUGGAAAACGGGGUCACAUCACUGAAGAUAUACUUAGAAGGUGCCAUCGAACACGCAGUAUUGUAUCCACCCAAUGACGGUCCUCAGAUCGACCUGUACAACGCAUCAUCUAUCCGUGCUUUCUCAGCUGCCUCCAGAUCUGAAGGAUUAUCACCAAGAGAGGUUUUCUUGGUAUUUCCGAGGAUGGCGCCUGAUGAGAGCAUGCUAUCAGUUCUACCAGUGUAUCCAGCAGAGGACCAAGCAAUGGUCGGCCUCUGGCACCUAAGCGUCAAAUGUGACCUCUGCGAUUACAGAUUGCGGGUAGCUGCAAAAUCACACUUGCAUUUUAACGUCGACGUUGUUGAGGACAUGCUGAAACUCAAAAUAACGGGACCAGUUGCGAGCAUCCGCGACACGUUAGUAAUAGACGAAUACGGAACAGAACUAGCCAAACUUCCAUUUAGCUAUCAACCAAUAGCGGAGACGGACAAACAAACAGACAUAUUUGGUGAAUUAGGUAUACCCAGCGUAUCCAGCUCUAAUAUUUACGUCAGAAUCCUUGGAAGGGACAUCAAAGGAGAACCAUUCACAAGAUUAUCGGGGCCCAUCCACAAGCAGACAGAGGUUCGCCUGGGAAGAUCAGCGUCCAUCGUCUUUCCGGAGACGCCAAACGAUUUAGAACAAGCCGAGGAAAUUGAUUCUGUCAUCUACCAGAACAGACCGAUUGGCAGAUCUAUGUCACAGUUACUAAAUCAAAGUGGCGUGGUUUUAACAACAGUACAAGUUGGGCUCAGUUCAAGACUCUACGGAUCACCUGGAGAUAGACUGCAGUUAUACUUCGAAGUUACAAAUCACAGAGAGCAAAGGAUUCGAUUUAAUUUCGAAGCUAAAGGAGAGCUUUUUCUGCUGAAUGGUAUUGAGCCGACAUCACGAGAUAUAAAUGCUGGUGAAACAUUUACGGUGAUAGUCAACUUGCUAAUAUCAGCCAAUACACAACCAGGUCGGGAUCUCAUCACCUUCACGGCGUUUGCGGGCACUGAGCAACUUUCUUCAUCAGUGUAUGUAUACAUACUGGCCUCGGGUCAAACUAUCAACGAUGUAAAUGCUCCAGAAGUGAGUCACAAUUUCCAAGGCUCCUGUAUACUCCGACAAGGGAGUGACUGUGCUGAAUAUACCUGGACUACGAAUGUACUUGCCAGAGACCCUGCUUCUGGCCUGCUUCGUGUCACAUCAUCCCCAGUGGGUGUGUUUUAUGACAGCAACUUCAUAGCUGGGUCCAGGGAGCAAUUGCAGGCAACAUACAGAGCCACUUGUUGUUCACCACGGGUGAUAAUAAACGCUGUUGAUGCCUUGGGCAACACUAACAGCUAUACCAUAGAUAUUUCUUAUUACCUUCCACCUGCCGCCAUAGCAGCCAUUGUACUAGGUGUAUUUCUAUUGAUUGCAAUUAUAGCUCUCACAAUAUUCCUUAUUUACUGGUGUGUAAGACGGAGAAAGGAUAUCAGGGAUCUGCCUACUUACACAUCAAGAAAUGUUAGUUAA